ACCCACGCCCGGGCAGAACGCUCUCCUCGGCGCCAACGUGGUGGACACGGACUGGACGCCCCCCUCCCGUGCCGGCGUCGGGGCAGCAAAGGGAGCCCCCACCCAGAAACGCGGAAGCAACCCUCCUGGCCAUGGGUGGGGCUGCAGUGGACGAGGGCCCACCAGGAGUCCCGGCCCCAGACGGUGGCUGGGGCUGGGCUGUGCUCCUGGGAUGCUUCGUCAUCACCGGCUUCUCGUACGCCUUCCCCAAGGCGGUCAGCGUCUUCUUCAAGGCUCUCAUGCAAGAGUUUGGCAUCGGCUACAGUGACACGGCCUGGAUCUCCUCCAUCCUGCUGGCCAUGCUCUAUGGGGCAGGCCCGCUGUGCAGCGUGUGUGUGAACCACUUUGGCUGCCGGCCUGUCAUGCUGCUGGGCGGGCUCAUGGCAUCCCUGGGCAUGGUGAGCGCGUCCUUCUGCCAAAGCGCCCUCCAGCUCUACCUCACCACAGGCGUCCUGACCGGCCUGGGGCUCGCGCUCACCUUCCAGCCGUCACUUAUCAUGCUCAACCGCUACUUCAGCAAGCGGCGCCCCUUGGCCAAUGGCCUGGCAGCCGCGGGCAGCCCUGUGUUCCUGUGUGCCCUGUCCCCACUGGGCCAGCUGCUGCAGGACCAUUACGGGUGGCGUGGCGGCUUCCUCAUCCUGGGCGGCCUGUUGCUUAACUGCUGUGUGUGCGCCGCGCUCAUGAGGCCCCUGGAGGCCACCCCGAGGCCCGAGGCCCAGCGCCCGGGCAGGCGGUUGCUGGACCUGAGUGUCUUCAAGGACCGUGGCUUCGUCGUCUACACCCUGGCUGCCUCCAUCAUGGUGCUGGGGCUCUUCGUGCCACCCGUGUUCGUGGUGAACUAUGCCAAGGACAUGGGUGUGCCCGACGCCCAGGCUGCCUUCCUGCUCACUGUGCUUGGCUGCAUCGACAUCUUUGCCCGGCCCCUGGCUGGCAUCAUCGCCGGGCAGCGCCGGGUGCGGCCCUAUGUCCACUACCUCUUCAGCUUCGCCAUGUUCUUUAAUGGCUUCACUGACCUCACCGGCUCCACAGCCAGUGACUACGCCGGCCUGGUGGUCUUCUGUGUCUUCUUUGGCAUCUCCUAUGGCAUGGUGGGUGCCCUGCAGUUCGAGGUGCUCAUGGCUGUCGUGGGCACUCACAAGUUCUCGAGUGCCAUUGGGCUGGUGCUACUGCUGGAGGCCGUGGCCGUGCUCAUUGGGCCCCCGUCAGGAGGCAGGCUGCUGGAUGCCACUGGCGUGUACCAGAACGUGUUCCUGCUGGCGGGGGCUGAGGUGCUGGCUGCCUCCCUGGUGCUGGUGCUGGGCAGCUACUUCUGUGUGGUGCAGCAGCCGGUGGCCACCGUGCAGGAGCCGCUGGAGGAGCCAGGGGUGGGCAUGCGUGAGAUGCAGCAUUUGCCAAAGGCCCAGCCUGAGAAUGGGGAGAUGGCUGCACCCCCCGAGACAAGUGUGUGA